AUGUCGACUGCUAAGCUCAGCCGCGGCAAAUCAUGUACUUUAUGUCAACAGCGUAAGGUCCGCUGUGACCUCAACAAGCCAUGUUCCAAUUGCGCCAAAGCCGGAGUCGAGUGCCACGUUGCUCCUUUGCAGCCGCCCAGGAGGCGAAAGCGCAAAGUUGACGAAGACACAGUGCUUGAUCGACUGAAGAGAGCCGAGUCGCUGCUCUCACAACAUGGCCUCCAGGUAAACCGCAGCGUCGAAGACGAGACCCGAGAGGACGAUGAGGCCGACGAGGACGAUGUUGAUGAGUUACCACAUAAAUCGCGAUCCUACAAAAAUGGAAUCUCACUUGUCCGAGGAGAAUCGCCCGACACUGAACAGGAACAGUCAUUGCUGUUCCGAUCCUUCACCACAAGCAAUGUCCUCGACAUGUCGCGUCAAUUUCCAUUCGUGGUAAUCGGAGAGACGACCGCAAUAUCAGUGGUCGACCAGCACCCGAACGCUGUACAAAUCUUCCAGCUCUGGCAGACAUAUCUCAACAAUGUAGACCCGAUUCUUAAACUCACGCACACACCGACCUUACAGAAACAGAUCAUUUCAGCGUCUGCCAACAUCUCAAAGGUGUCGAAACCAUUGGAGACUUUGAUGUUCAACAUAUAUCUCAUAGCGGUCACAUCUCUGUCUGCGGAUGAAGUACAGGAAACGUUUGGAGAAGCCAAGCCUGAGCUGCUUCGCCAUUUCCACAGUGCUGCACAGCAGUCUCUUAUCAAUGCUGGAUUUAUGAGCAGCUCUGAUCUGAUGGUACUUCAAGCGCAUUUUCUGUAUCUGAUCUGCAUCCGGGAAUUUGUUGAUCCUCGACCGCACUUUUGCCUGAUUGGUAUCGCGGUCAGAGUUGCACAGCGAAUUGGACUGCAUCGCGAUGGCGCCCGAUUUGGUCUUCCGCCUCUUGAAGUCGAGCAGCGACGACGUCUUUGGUGGAAUCUUCUUGCGCUAGAUAAGCGUAUCGCCGAACUGAGCGGCAGCGCGAUAUCUGCCUGUUCAACAUCCGACGCGGAUUGUAAGCGGCCCUUGAAUAUCAAUGACUCCAAUCUACAUGUCUAUCAAAAGGUCCCUCCAUCGCCAUCGGAAUCACUCACAGAGAUGGUGUUCGCGCUGGCAAGAUUUGAGCUUGUAAACGCUCCCGGCUCUGAUGGGACUCACUCCCAAAGCUCGAAAGACAGAAGUAAUCGUUCAACUCCAUCAGCAUCGCACAUGCAGCUGCCUCGUGUUCUCACCCAUCUACAAGACUACUCACGACACAUCGAGAAUACCUACCUCAGACCUUGCGAUCCUAAUAUCCCUCUCCAGCUCUUCACUCAGAUGACUAUCCGUCAAAGUAUCUGCAAACUUCACAUUCUGUCCAACGUCCACCGCCUGGCAACGAAGCCCGCCACAAUCCCAAGAGAAGAUCGGCUUUGGCUCCUGACCGAAGCAAUCACCAUGAUCGAAGCGGAUAAUGCCAUCCAGGCCUCUCCUGGCUGUCGAGGAUUCUUCUGGUACUCGCAACUUCACUCUCCAUUCCCCGCAUACAUGAUUUUCGCGCACGAGCUCCGUGACGCGAGUACCAGUCCCGAAAUCUGCGGGCGAGCUUGGAAGGCUAUUGACGAGAACCAUCGCCAUCGAGGAUUAGUACGAGCAUUACAACCACCCAUUCACGUCGGCUUCACGAAUCUCUUCCUCGAUGCAUGGACUGCAUGGGAACAAGCCUCUGUGAGUACACCGGGCAGCAGGAGAGCGGAUAGAGGCAACAGGGAGAGUGUCCGCACGCCAGAGAUGAUCGUCCAACUCAGAGGUCUUCUCGCCGCGUACCAUGGCGGCAUCGCGACCGCAGCAGAAGCCAGCACCAGCACUACCUACAGCGAUAGUAACACGGCCACUGCGACCAAAACUCAGCUUUCACAACAACAACAACAACAACAACAACAACCAUAUCAACGUCUCCCACACUCUGCUCCCCAACAGUCUCAUCACAACAACCCUCAGAACGCGCUCUCCUCCCCGCACCCAAUUUCCAUAGCCCCUCCGCCGAUGACUCCCUCCUCAAGUAAUCCCAUCCCACCAAUUUCACCAUUCCUCCCGGCCAACAGUAUGCCGAGCACAGCGGAUUGGGACCCUACAACGGCGCAAAUGCUCAUGACUUCCCCGGAGGACGCAUUCGGAGCAGCGACUGCAUUGGAUUGGGCGGCGUUUUUCCCGCAGCAGUUUUUGUUUGAUGAGCAGUAUUUGGGUCAAUAUUGAGGCCGACUUGAACUCCCGUGGUCGAGACAAAAAGUGUCUUUGAAAAGCACAGUCGUUGGUUCGGGGUAUUUCAACGAUUAAACCACACAGUUGCUCCGUGUCCACAGCCCAAAGACCCCGAUUACUCUUCAAUCAUUCACAUGGAAACCUCACCACAGUGGAACGAUGACGCGU